AUGAUCCGUGUGGAGGUUCUGCCCCUGGACCUUUCGGACUUGGGCAGCCUGCCGGAAGCCGCGAAGGCCGCCAAGGCCUUCUUCGGCAAGAUCGACAUCCUUGUCAACAACGGGGGCGUGGGCUUCCGAGGCCUCGGGGAGGAGACGUCCAUUGAGAUUGAUCAGCAGGUCAUGAACGUGGACUACUUCAGCGGCGUGGUGCUCACCAAGGCUUUGUUGCCAGAUUGGCUCCAGCAGCAGCGGGGCCACGUGGUGCAGGUUUCAUCGGUGCAGGGCUUCUUUGGCCUGCCGGGCCGCACCGCUUACGCCGCCGCCAAGCAUGCGGCGGUGGGCUUUUACGACUCUCUGCGGGCAGAGGUCGGCGACCGGGGCGUCAGCGUUACUACCAUUUGCCCGGGCUACAUCGCCACCGGCCACAGCCAGAACGCCGUGAAGGGCGAGGGGGUGAAAUACCCCGAAGGUCACACCAGCAAGGGUGUGGCGCCGGAGGUCUUGGCGCCGCAGGUGCUGCGAACCAUUGCCCGGCGACUGCCCGAGAUGGUUCCUGCGGCCCUGGAUGCCCGCCUCGCACGGCUCCUGCGAAGCCUUUGCCCCACUCUGCUCUUUCGCAUCAUGCGCCGGCGCGCCCGCAAAGAGGCGAAGCGCAGCGCGCCAGACAUCGCGAAAUUGGCCUUCCCACAGGCAUGGCACGCCGUUGACGCGGAGUGGCGCCAGGAUCCGGUGGUAUCCCUGGCAGAGGACCAGUUCCCGGGCUCCUUGCUGCACCUGCCAGUGCCGCAGUGCCCGCCGUCCGCGGUCCACUGUCCGCCCCUGCCGAAGCGGAAGAAGGACCACUGGCCAGCGCCCAAAGUGGCGGAGCCGUACCUGGGAAGGAGCUGUGAAGAGUUGGAUGCGGCGCUGGACGCUCGGGAUUUCCUGGAGCCCAGCCGCCAGCGCCCGGUGAUUCUGCGCGGCCUGGCGCGGCGCUUGUUGCCGGUGGACUGGGACUUCGCGGCGCUGGAGGCGGCCUGCGGCGACGCGAAGGUGCCAGUGCGUGUGGCGCGGGCUGGCAGCUUCCACUACACAGACGAGUCCAAGGACUCCUGCUUCCUGGAAGCACCAGAGGAGCUCCAGGAGAUGAGCUUCUCCGACUUUGUGCGGCGGGCGCGCGCGGGCGAGCAUGGCCUCUACCUGUGGUCCGUGCUGAUGGCCGCUGCGGAUGGACAGCUUCAAAUGGGGGCCUUGGCGGAGAGGUUGCAGGAGGACCUGGGGAAGAUGAACUGGGACCUGGUGGAGGAGCUGCGGACAGCUGGGGACCUGGGCACUGUGAAGAAGCUGCAGCUCUUUUGCUCCGCGCAGGGGGCAACUACUGCGUGCCACUAUGACAUGAACCAAAACAUUUUCCUGCAGCUGCACGGGGCAAAGAGGUUUAUCCUCUUCCCUCCCCUGCUGGGCAUGGCCGCACUGCUGCCCUACCCCGUGGCCAACCAGAGGGACCGCUGCGCGCGCCAGGACUUGCUGCAGGAGGGUCCCUGUAGCCAUUUGGCGCACGGCCGGGGCGUGGAGGCGGUGCUGGGCCCAGGGGACGUGCUCUUCCUGCCGCAGAUGUGGUGGCACCACGUGGAGUCCCUGUCUGCAGAGACGGUCUCGGUGUCUCUGUGGCUUACCACGCCGCGGAGAACGCGCUGGCUGUCGCCGUUUCCACAGCAACAAGCAGCGGAGCUCGCCAGGGAGUGGGAGUUCUUCUUGGCUUCCGAGAUCGGUGGGGGCCUUGAACUCGAGCAGUUCCUCUUGUGGCUGAGCUGCCCUUCCUGCCAAUGGGAGGCAGCUUCCAGCCUUGAGCCGGAGGCUUCGGAAGGCCAGCGAACAUUAGCCAUCCUUCACAUGGAUGGCUGA